CAUUACGGGAGUCUCUCUGCCAAAGCGAAUUUGGGAUUGCCUGGUAGCUCCCAUCUCCCUUAUCAGCGAAAAUUGCAUUUCUACGGGUCUCCCUCCGUCCUGUCAGGCACUGAUUCCGUGUCCGCGUUACAAAAAGGGACCGCGACUUAGCAUGCUAAGGCGAGUUAUAACUCGUGCUGGCAUUCCCGUAAUUUCGCGUCAUGGUCACAACUGGUCAGGCACACGAUUCAGGCGUGCCAGCAGAGACAGAGGCUAAGGCUCAGUGCGGUUUAGAAUCUGUAGAGCAGGCUGCAAACGCGGAACCAUCAAGUACGGACAGCAUGGACUCAUCUGUUGAUCUCAAGGCUACUAAGGCCACUUCUAGCGUACCAGCAGAGGCAGAGGCUAAGGCUCAGUGCGGUUUAGAAUCUGUAGAGCAGGCUGCAAACGCGGAACCAGAAAGUAAGGAUAGCAACGACGCCUCUGCCGACCUCAAGGCUAAAUUCGCAUGGACUUGCCGUGAUUGCGACCGCAGCUGUCUUCCUGUCCGCGACGAGUCUCAAUGCAUCUGCGGCCAUCGGCUUCGGGAGCACCGCCUGAAACCGCUCAACCAGCAUAUUUCCUCCGAAGCAAUGGCUCCGGACCAAGUGGCCGACACUCAGCCGUCUGACAAAAACCCUGAAUUGCAGAAAUUAGGUUCCCUGCCUGGGAAUCCGAGCGAUUCCCCUUCAGACUCCUCCUCCUCGUCCUCCCCGUCCAGAUUGUCGUCAUGUGGUCUAUUCCAGGUUGUGUGCGGACGAGCCAAGUGUGCGUGCGAGAGCUUCUUCUUCAUUCCCGCUCAAGGCUCCUGGAUCCUUCGCUGCAGAUGCAAGCACAAGCACGUGGAACAUGACCCAUCGUCCCACAGAUGCACCCGGCCAAAGUGCUCAUGCGACAAGUUCGACAGCCCAUGGGUGUGCAACUGCAACCAUCCAUGGGCUCAUCACACACAGCACACGAAUGUGCUGACAAGACAGCAGAUAUUGAGACAACGGAUGGAGGACAUGGCAUCCCCAGCUCCAGAAGUGAACAAUGUGGAGGCAUUGAUGAGAGGGCUCCAGGCAUGACGCUGGCAAUUACUAACAACAACCCUUGUAUCCAGGUUUCUAUUCUUGAGGCACCUCAGAAACAGGCAUGAGUGGCCACACUGACACACCCUUGUGCUCAGGUUUUUUUACACAGUUGUCGGAAUUCUUGAAGCCUGUGCGCAUUUUCUCACUUGUUGAUAGCUUCUUUGUGCAGAAUGUAAGCCACGAAACUACUUAUACCACACUGUGACUGGCAAGACAUGGUUCAGCAUCUUUGUGCUGAUUAUGACAAUAC